AUAUAGUAGUUUUCAUUUCUAACGUUCUUGAAUAUAUAGUGUUUGACAUUGGAAGCUCCUGGUGACAUUUUACAUUGUUUCGACAUUAGACAUUCUGGUUAAUUGUUUAGAGAAAAAACUUCUUGUCACUCUAUUAGGAGAAUCCAACAUUUUUGUUUGUUGAGAACCCAUGUUUUAGUAUACAUCACAUAUUAAUUAUUUAGUUAACGAAAUAUAGUCACCACUUGUAACAUCUUGGACCUGAAUCAGUCCUGAUAAUUCCACAAAGGCUUAUGAGUAAAUCAGUGCGACAGAGUGCUUAUUAGGAGUUCUAAUUGCAAAAGAGGGGGCAAAAAAGGGUCAUGGAAAUUACUGAAAUUUUUAUGCAACACUUUAAGUUCAUGCCGAAAAAGGCGAUUGUGGAAUAACACAGAUAAAACCUUUCGCUGGCGGACAACACUGUAGUCUUGCCACUUAUAUUUUGGCUAAAGCCACAACACUUAGUAUUGCUACAAUAUUUGUAAGUUGCUACCGUUUCUACGUUUCAACGCCAAUGGCUUUUUUAUUGUGGCGGCGCUUAUUAUCGGGCAUUGUUGUUGUUGUAAUGCGGUGCUCUCGGCUGGUAUUACCAAUGUAUUGCCGCAUUGUAAGCAGCGCAUGUCAGGCACAACGAUUGCUACAAUGGCAAUGCGCGCGCAGCUUUUUCACAUGUAUAUAAAGUAGGCGUCCGCAGCUGAACAAGUCAGUCCCAACUUGGAUCUCGUUAUAGGCUAAACAAACUUUUUGUGUUAAUUCUCCUCUAUUGGACCGUUCAAACCGACAGCUCGACAAUGCGCUUGUUUGUACUACCUUGUCUCGCCUUGUGCGUGGCAAUUGCCAAUUGUGCGCCGGCAGCCGAAAAAGCGGCUGAUGUUGCAGCAGCAGAAACUGCGAAGGACGCAGUCGAAGCAAAGGAUGAUAGUAAAACCGUCGAAAAACGUGGUCUUCAUCUAGGCGACUAUGGACAUCAUCAUCACGAACACAUAAAGACCAUCACCAUUGAGAAGAAAGUUCCAGUGCCUUAUACAGUUACCAAGCACGUUCCAUAUACUGUGGAAAAGAAGGUACCGUAUGAGGUGAAAGUGCAUGUACCCGAACCAUACUAUGUCGAGAAAAAGGUACCCGUACAUGUUAAGGAAUACGUCAAAGUACCAGUACAUGUACCAAAACCAUAUAUUGUGGAAAAGAAAGUACCAUAUGAAGUUAAAGUGCCAGUUGACAAGCCCUACGAAGUCAAAGUGCCCGUGCCACAACCCUACGAAGUCAUCAAGAAGAUCCCCUAUGAAGUGAAGGUACCCGUACCACAACCCUACGAAGUCAUCAAGAAGAUUCCUUAUGAAGUGAAAGUUGAGGUACCAGUGCCCAAGCCAUAUGAGGUGAUCAAGAAAGUGCCCUAUGAGGUUAAAGUGCCCGUAGAGAAACCAUACCCCGUCGAAGUAGAGAAACCAUACCCAGUCGAAGUUGAAAAACCAUAUCCAGUCGUCGUGGAAAAGAAGGUACCUUAUGAAGUUAAAGUGCCAGUUGACAAACCAUACAAAGUCGAAGUUGAGAAACCUUAUCCAGUACAUGUAAAGGUGCCCGUGCCACAGCCUUACACUGUGGAGAAGAAGGUACCUUACACCGUUGAGAAACCAGUACCAUAUGAAGUUAAAGUGCCCAUUGAGAAACCAUAUCCAGUUUACUCAGAAGUCAAGGUGCCAGUGCACAAAGAGAUUCCCAUCCCAGAAAAGUACCACGUUGAAGUGCCAAUCUUCCACAAGGAAGAACAUCAUGACUAUCAUCAUGGCUAUCACCACGAUUAAAUCAUGAUUUGAUAUUUAUAUGAUUCUUUUAGCGUGUUCACAAACUGUUGAUGAAGAAGGCUGAGUAGUUCUAGAAUGACAUUGUAUGAAAUCAAGGCGAACUAGAUGAAGACCACGGACAAACAAAAUGUUAAUUGCAACCAAUUGAAAUAAAAUGAAAUCGACGAAAUUUAAGAAUUGCCACCACAGAUCGCGAAUACAAGUAAAAACAAGUAGAAAUAACCGAACCGAAGAAAAGGAUGAAGAUUAGUAGAAGGAAACCAGAAAACCAUACAAGCAACCAAUAAGUUAAAAUCACUCCCAAUGAGUCCAUCCGAAGGUAAACAGAAAAGUACGCACGCAUUAAUGUUGAGCUGAACGGGAGUAACGCCAAAACAACAACAACAAUACUGAAGAGGAUGUUAAUAAAAAAAGCAUUAGCACAAUAACGAGAACAAGGAGGACCGAUGGCCAGUUGGACGAAAAGAGGUAGAGAAGGAGAGAAAGGACGUUGUAAUUGAUGUAGAAGAAAUGGAAGGGGGGUUCAAUGGGGCAGGCGAGACUGCGGCAAUUAGCUAACAGUUAUGUUUGCUCCGUUAUUUUCCAUUGUAUUAUAAGCCAAAUGUGUUAUAUAUUUUUUAUACAACUUGAAAACUGCCCUAGGCUUAAUAUUAUUUUAUUUAAUAAUAAGUUAAAGAAACACUCAAA